AUGUCGCCAAUAAUGGAUUUUUCACACAUUUACAACGUUUCCCUCCACAAACUACAUUCUUUCCAAGUAACCCGUCGGGAUACAACCGACGGACUUCGGAAAUUAGUACUUAUAAACAGUUUCUUAUAUAACAAAUUCGUCGCUCCGGAAGAAUAUGAACCACUUGAAUGGUCUGACGAGGAUGUCAAGAGAGACGAACUGAAUUAUCUAGAGGCAUGCUUGGAUGAUCUAAAUCAGGAGGAAGAUGAAGAUGGCUAUGUUUGUAUAUCGAGAUCGGAAGAUACAGUAUCAUCCUCGUCAGCACGAACGACGGCAGCCGAUGAGACAACGACAAUUUCAACAGUGGCUGAAGAUAUAAUACGGCCGACAAUAUUCGUCGAAUCCACCCUCGAACCAACGUCAAGACCAUUCUCUUCAAAUACAUACUCUCGCUUACCAUCCCCUCCAUCGAUACCAUCAUCUCCCGCCGAUUCCACAAUUGAUUCCUCACCUAAAUACACAGUUUCCACAGACCAUAACCAUCGUAUAAUACCAGAAUCAUCUCCGACCGGUCCACCGAACUUAUCAGCAUAUCGACCAUUCUUUGAUUCGGCCAUACAGCACGCGCUGCCAAAAUUAAACUUGACGGUGGGCGCUCCUCGAUUUUAUCAAAAGUUCUGCCUAGAUAGAGAUUAUCUAGCCGGUAUAUCUGUAGACAUGGUCGAUGGAGCAAUAACGUCAGAUCCGGUAAUGGAUUUCGUAAUAGCAGAGACAAGGAGAUAUGAUGCAGUCAAGAGAUCAAAGGACGAUCUAGAUAUAAUAACAAAAGAAAAAUGGAUCGUACAACGAUUGGUUAAUGAAAUUGAAUCGGGGAGGAUAUGGUUUAUCGAUGGAUAUGAAUCCGGACGACGACAGAAGAUGGCUUGCUUUUAA